AUGGACACCGCUAUCGAUAAAAGUAAUCCUGAGAAUGAAAAUCCUUUAAAGUACAGAUACAUGAGAACUUUGCGUCUAUUUUCCUACUGUUUGGGAAUAUGGCCUGGUAAUAUGUUAGAUGAGAAAAUGUCCAAAUUCUAUGACUACUUCAUAAAGCUAGUUCCGCUACAAGCUAUCAUAGUAUUUAUGGGUGAAAUCUAUUAUUUGGUACAGCGGUAUGGGACUAUCGAUUUUUACAGUCUCGGAGAGGUUCUCAUAAAUACUCUUUUAACUUUUAUAACUUUUGCACGUGUGUUGUACCCUAACUUAAAAUUUUAUGGAGUUAUAUGGAGAAGGUUUAUUAAGGAAUUUCAUUUGGGAAACUUUAUGCAAUGUGGAGGGAAUUAUAAAAAGGUGGCAGAUCGAAUAAACAAAAUCUCUAAUUAUUAUACGCUGGGAAUGAUACCAAUAAUAUGGUUAGGCGUUAUUCUUUUCAAUUUAUCCCCAUUUUGGACCAAUGUAACGAGUGGGGCAUUCCAGAACCCGCGCCCACAAAACAUAACGCUACGUUUCUCUGUAUACUACGAGUAUCCCGGUUUUAAGCCAGAAGAAAAUUUUAUACUCGUUACACUAUUAAAUUUGUAUUUUUCCUACGCCUGCACUGUUAUUGUGUGCACUCUGGAUUUACUACUCAUCCUUAUGUGUUUUCAAAUUGUCGGCCAUCAAUUGGUUUUGCAAUAUAACCUCGAUGAUUUUCCGAAACCGAAAAAAAUAAGCGUGUUACACUUAACUGGAGAAGUGAGCGUAACGGUUGAAAAAUAUUCGAUCGAUGAAAACGCAUACAUACAUUGUCUGCUGAUGGAGAAUGUACUUCAUCACCGAUAUAUUCUUUGUUUUGUAGACGAUAUCUCAUCAUUUUUCGGACCAAUGAUGGGAUUGGUUUACUUCUUUGAUGUCACCGGAUUUUGUCUUUUGUUUCUCGAGUGUUCACAAUUGAAUUCUGAAUCAUUGGCUCGUUUUGGACCGUUAACGAUUAUCGCAGUAUCGCAGCUUUUAGAAAUAUCCAUUAUUUUCGAAAUUGUCGGCUCUAUGAGUGAACAGCUUAAGGACAAUGUAUACAAUUUGCCGUGGCAAUGCAUGGAUUUGAAAAAUCAGAAGACGCUUUUAAUUUUCCUCAAUAGAAUUCAGACAACAAUGCAUAUCACAUGUAUGGGGGUGUUGCCUGUCGGUGUUCAAAGUAUGGCCUCUAUUUUGAAAACAUGCUACUCUUACUUCACAAUUCUACAAUCUAUGGAUAUUUAA